UUGUUCUGCGCAGAUGUAAGCCGGAAUGAGUCGAGACUUUCGUCGGUCGACGCCAGUCGUCAUCAGCGCAUUCAGAAGGUGUUCUCUAAUGUUCGGCUGUUGGUCAGGGUGUUGCGUCAGUGGCCCCGGAGCCAGUUUAGCGCGGAUAAUAUCGACAUUGAUCUAGUGCUGAAGGGUUCCAGUGAUCUCAGCGGCGACAGCCUGUCGACAGAGGUCGAAGAGCUUGGCGAAUUGCCGUCUUCUUCGGCGACUGCCACGACCGGGACUUCGAUAGGCAGUGGCGCUCGGUACGGCUACUCCUCCGCGACGAUGUUCAGGCAUAAGCGAAGGCUACCGCAACGCAGACCAACGUUCGAUGAACGUGAGGAGCAUAUGUUGGAAAUGGCUGAUUUACUGAAUUCUCAAGAUCAGUCAGCGAGGUCUGAUCGACUCUGUGACGGUACGUCUGAAGAGCAGGUACCGAAGGUCGACUCACGUAUCCGAGAACAGAUCGAGGAGUUCGACAAGUCCUUCAUAUCGAAUGAUGAACUUGAAGCAGGCGAAAUUUCUUCCCAAACGGCAAAAUCUGAGGAGUCGUCUUUUGCCGCUGAAACUCGCGAGUCAAGUCCUCUAAAAGAGUUUUCCAGCGUAAAAUCAGCGGUUGUCAAAGUCAUGCUUCACUCACGUACUCAGGGCCGCUCGGCGACUGUAGUUGCUGAUUGGAAGACUUCAACCCAGAGCACGGAUGCUAUCAAAAGAGGCAUGCCGGCACCCAGUCCUGAAAGUUUCGUUAAACCAACGCCAUUGAUUCGCAAGGAGAACAGAUUUCAGAUGGAUAGAAAGGAUGAAACAUCCACGCCACCAGCUCAAGUGCAUUUCAGCGAAACAACGAUCUACCAACGCUGCCCGCAGUGCAACGCCACUUUGGAGUUGUUCGAUGAAGAUACAAUCUCGUUGUCGGUCAUUUGCUUGUCUACGUUUGUCAACAGAGACCCGGUAAUGGCGGCACCGUGUCUUUUAAGGAUCCUGACCGCCGUUGCGAAAAUUGCGCAUCACUUUUACCACCCUUGGCAGGCGGACAGUUCUAUUUUUGUUCCCGGCAAUUGUCGAAGCGUCGCCAGACAGUUCCUGCGAGUCAUCUUGCAUCAGCUUACACCGAACCACCUGUUUCUGCCACUGUUUCAAAGCGAGGUUAAUGAUCCGUCGUUCUUCAAAACCAUCGCCAAAAGUCUGGUCGACUUCCAGGAAUUGAACCCGCUAAUAGCCGCCCAGUACUUACUGCAGGACAUCACCGACCGACCGUGCGAAAAUUUCGAC